ACCACAACCCUGUGAUGGACAAGCAGGUAUUGAUAAGGGAUGGAUGAAUGGACUGCUGUGGUGUAAACCCAAUGACACAAAGGCAAUCUGUAUUUCUCUAGCCAGGCCUGAGCUUGUUCAAGAAGGAGGAAGUGUCAGGCAGAUGUUCCUUCAUUUCGUGGGCACGGUGGCACUGAGCCUCAGCAUUGCCAUUGACGAACCACCUCGAACACCCAUCUGUGCCAAAGAGAAGAUGGGGACGAUAGAGGAAGACUGCAUGGGAGAAAGUGAAAGAAGGGAAGCAUUUCAUGAGAAUGAUAGACAACUGAGUGUGGCUCAGGCAGACUCUACCCCUAGGUUACUUCUGAAUAGGGGUCACACCUCUUCAGCUCAAAUCCCCAGGGAUGGCAGAGUCAGCCCGGGCUCUCAGGGUCAUGACCUCAGGGGUGCGAGAAUGCUGUUGGUAGAGCAGGCCAGUCUGAGUCAGUCCAGAAAGACUUGGAGAAAGAAGAUGGACUUCCUGUUGUCAGUCAUCGGGUAUGCUGUAGACCUGGGGAAUGUGUGGCGUUUCCCUUACAUCUGCUACCAGAAUGGAGGAGGAGCAUUUCUCUUGCCCUACCUUCUCAUGGCACUGUUUGGAGGGGUGCCUCUGUUCUACAUGGAGCUGGCACUGGGGCAGUUCCACCAGAGUGGCUGUAUCUCUAUCUGGAAGCACAUCUGCCCCAUCUUCAAAGGCAUUGGCUUCUCCAUCUGUGUCAUUGGCCUCUACAUCGCCUUUUAUUACAACACAGUAAUGGCCUGGGCGAUGUACUACCUGCUGUCCUCCUUCCAGACCACUUUGCCUUGGGCCACCUGUUUCAACACCUGGAACACCGCCAACUGCACCCAUCUAACACCUGGCAAUCCCAACACUUCAUGGACAAAUGGCUCUACCUCCCCUGCAGAGGAGUUCUACAUACGACACAUCCUGCAGCUGCACCUGUCCCCAGGCCUGCACGAACUAGGAGCAGUGAACUGGCAGCUGGCCCUGUGUCUCCUCUUAAUCUUCACUGUAGUCUACUUCAGCAUCUGGAAAGGGGUGAAGACCUCAGGCAAGGUAGUGUGGUUGACAGCCACCUUGCCCUAUUUGGUCCUCCUGGUGCUGCUUAUUCGAGGUGCUACCCUUCCUGGGGCAUGGAGAGGUGUGGUCUAUUAUCUAAAACCUGAUUGGUGGAAGCUGCUCAGUACUACGGUUUGGGUAGAUGCUGCUGUCCAGAUAUUCUUCUCUCUGGGGCCUGGUUUUGGCGUACUGCUGGCCCUAGCCAGUUACAACCCCUUUCACAACAACUGCUACAAGGAUGCUUUGUUGACCAGCUCCAUCAACUGCCUGACAAGCAUGCUCUCUGGGUUGGUCAUAUUCACUGUGUUGGGAUACAUGGCAGAGGUGCGGCAGCAAGGCGUGGAUGCCGUGGCCAGGGAUAUAGGUCCAAGUCUGCUUUUCAUCAUCUGUGCUGAGGCCAUUGCCAGCAUGCCUGCAGCCAACUUCUUUGCCAUUAUAUUCUUCCUCAUGAUCAUCACUCUGGGAUUGGACAGCACGUUUGCAGGGUUGGAGGGGUUGAUUACUGCCAUGCUAGAUGAGUACCCCCAGGUCCUGGGAAGGAGGAGAGAGUGGGUGGUCCUAGGCCUGGUGUGUUUGUGCUACUUGGGAGCCCUCUCCACUGUAUGUUAUGGAGGAGCAUACAUUGUGAAGCUCCUGGAGGAAUAUGCCACUGGCCCUGCUCUCAUUGCUGUGGUCUUUCUGGAAAUUGCUGCUGUGUCCUGGUUCUAUGGUACAUCUCGUUUCUGCCGAGAUGUGCAGGUGAUGCUGGGUUUCCUUCCAGGGCAGUUCUGGAGGGUGUGCUGGAGGGCCAUCUGCCCCUGUUUUCUCCUGUUCAUCUUGGGCAGCUUCCUGGCUUCCCCACUGGAAAUAAAACUUUUUGGCUACUUGUAUCCCCCAUGGAGUGCUAUUCUGGGUUAUAUCAUUGGUGCCUCCCCCCUCAUCUGUGUGCCCUGCUAUAUGGUCUACUACCUACUGUCCACAAGAGGAACAUUCAGGCAGCGCCUUUUAAAGAGCAUCACCCCAGAACCUGUAAGGGAGAUAUGUAUCCAUCAAGUUACCAGGAAUACCAGUACUGUGUGAAGAAUGAUCCAGACAUUCCCUCUAGGUCAUUUGCAAGAAAGAGGGAGCUGAGUACAAGGUCUUUGGGUCAAGGUGAAGUUUCCCAUCACUGACCUAUAACAAAUCUAAAUCUUUAUCACUGAUGUCAAUUUAUUGUUUAUAUAAUCACUGUUAUGAUUGUUUGUAAUAUAAUCUAGGUAAUAUCAUGCCAUAGUUGGUUGCCUCACAAAUGUUUAAUACAUAGUCUUUUUACUAACUGCAUAAGAUAGAUAUUGUUCAGUAUGCACAGUUUAAUAUUCUUUGUAGCAUGGAAAUAAAACUAGUUAACUGCUAAACUACCUAGUAAUUUUUCACCUGGAAUGGAGCAAGAACUGACUGCUGCGAGUUAAGAUCUGUGUUGUGCAAUGGCAUGUACCAAACUGAUCAGGUCUCCCAGUAAGAGUUACUUAAACAGCUACUUCACUAAAUCAAAUUUUACAGUGUAUGAGACAUUUUGGCAGUCAGUACAGUUGUACUUCCCUCUCCAACUCUGAUUGUAGAACUACAGAAAAGCAUCUUGUCUGUGUUCAGAAUACUGAAUGUAGUCUUUGCCAGUGUUGUCACCGUUAUCCUCUACAGCAUUCUCUUGUAAAUUUGCUCUGUAUGCACCAAUUUGUUACACUAGUUGUAUAUUUCUAUUU